AUGUUAUUUCUGUUAUUACUUUGUUCUGGAAUUUUAGUGUUUCAAUUUGUCUAUCUACCACUUGCCUCUGAAUUUCAUUUAGAACAAGCAUCAUUGAAAAUCAUCAAGAAUCCUCAAAAUGAAUUGAACAAUGAUACGGUACAGCAACAGCAACAACAACCACAACCACAACUUGAUGAAAAGAAUAAUUCAAAAUCAAUAGAAAAACCUAUUCCCAUUGUUGAAAUCAACUGUCAAAUUGCAUUCAUUUCACAAGUACAAAAAUAUGUCAAUCACGAAUAUUUGCAGAAAAAGUUCUCCAAACAUGUACGUUCCUUGCAAAAUGAGAAGAUAUCCCUAUCCUUCUCGAAAUUAUCUUCUUUUGAAGAGUUGAAUUCCAAUACGACUGAUUAUUUUCUAUUCAUCACAACAGAUUCGAGAACAGAAGCAAGUGAUGCAAAAGGAUAUCUUGAAAGAAAUGUCAUUCCUCGCAUUCAAGAACAUUUUGACAUUACUAAAAGUUCGAUCAUUUAUACCACUUCAGAUUCACAGCUCAUUAGUAAGAUUCCCAAUCUUCCCUUGAAGAAUUAUUACGUGCAAUGGACGAGUGAUGUUGAUAAGGUUGGAAAACAAGGAGAAGAACCUUUGAAAGAGAUGACGAAUGAUUUUGUGAAAUCAUGUCGAGAGAAUCGACAACGAGCGAUUCAAGAAUCAAGUCACAAGAAAACAACUCCUUUUCGAAAAAACAAAUAUUCAAAAACCUCUCGUGGUGGCAAUUCCAAAAGCAAAAGAAGAAAUGGAGGUGGAUGA